GAUCGAAAUACAAUUUAGUCAACGAACAACGACAAAACGAAAUCGAACGGAUAUCAAAAGUUUUGUUCUUACUUAAUUAAUAAAAGUGCUCCUAGACAAAAGCAAAGUCUUUUUGUAGCUUUUAUUUUAAUUUAUUUAAAAUUCUUUGAAAAGUGAAGAACAAUUAAGCGAAAAAAAUGGUGUCUGUGGAAACGAUUGGAUCGAUAUUUAUCAAAACUCUGAAAUUGACUAUCAACAUUAUUAUUCUUAUCCUCUACUGUAUUGGAGAUGAGGGCAUUUUUUUGGGCGUUAGUGGAACAUGGAAUUUAAAUGAAGAAAAGAGCCCUUCACCGGAAAUCGUAGCCUCUGGUAUAUUUGUAGGAUUUCUAAUCUAUACCACUGUGCACACAGUGGCCUUCUUCUUCGGCACCACCAAGCAUAAACGUGAGCUAACAGACACACUGAUGAAUAUGGUCGGCACAGCCAUGUGGAUUGCCAUUGGCGGUGUGGCUUUACAUUAUUGGGGCGGCUAUAUGUCUGACCAGGACUUUCUCUAUGUAAAUGCUGAGCGUCAGACGGGCAUCGCAAUGGGUGCGUUGUGUGUAAUUGAAGGUGCCCUUUAUUUAUUGGACACUGUAUUGGCUUGCAUACACUAUUCCAAGGCUGAGGAUAUCGAAUACACAGGCGUUGGACAUUAGACGCAGAAGUUCAUCAGCAUUAUACAAAAUCUUUACUUUUUAUAAUCAAAUAGUUACUGUAGUGCAAAUUAAUUUUACAAAAAUGCAGAAAACCAUUUACUUAACACGGAUUCUAUUAAGUGAGAACGGGCUCAAACAAUUAACAUUACCAUUAGCUUUAAUGAAAUAAUUAAUUUGUGAAUAAAAAAAAAAUUGUAUGGCAGUUUCAUUGUCAAAUGAAAAAUUUUAA